AUGAUAGACCUAGAGAGAUCGGUGAGUGAGUAUCGUCGAAGAUGGUCAAGUCUUCAGAAGUCGUCCGAAAACUCAAUCUCAGAUCUCACCAAGAAGGUGGCUUUUUCUUUGAAACGUUCAGAGAUUCUUCUCUUCUCCUCUCCACCUCUCAGCUUCCACCUACCUGUGGACAGAGGAGUGAGCACAAGUAUCUACUUCUUGCUUCCGUCUGGGAAUGUUUCUCGUCUCCAUCGCAUACCAAUGGCUGAAACCUGGCACUUCUAUUUGGGUGAACCCAUUACUGUAGUGGAGCUCCACGAUGAUGGGAAGUUGAAGCUGACAUGUCUUGGUCCUGACCUGAUCGAGGGUGACCAGAUGCCUCAGUACACGGUCCCUCCUAACAUCUGGUUUGGUUCGUUUCCAACAAAGGAUGUCCAUUUCUCUAACGACGGGACUCUGCUCAAAGCUGAGCCCAGAGACUCGGAGAAACAUUUCUCUCUCGUCGGCUGCACCUGCGCUCCCGCUUUCCAGUUUGAGGACUUUGAGCUCGCCAAACGCUCUCACCUCUUGUCGCUGUUUCCUCAACACGAGUCGCUCAUCACAUUGCUCUCUUACCCGGAGUGA